UUAGCUGAAGAGUCCCCCUCCAGAAAAUACACGACAAUACCCUCCUCCCCCCCCUCGCGACCCUUCACCGACAGCAGCGGAAGGGCCACCUCCGUACAACACGCCGACCGUCGUCUUUGUCCUCCUCCUCUUCAUCCUCCUCCACCACCCUGGCCGCUGGCGCCUUCGGAGAGCAUCUGGCAUCCUAAUGUAGGGGUGGGGCGGCGGUGGCGGUGGGCGCCACUGGUAGAAGGGCGGUGGUGCGGCAGCUGCAGCCCACAGGCGUCCUGUAGCCGGGCCAACAGGGGGUGCUUUGAAGCCCUCGGGCCUCGUCACACGAGACCUGUCGGCAGCUCCCCGACGGAGGCUGUUAGUGGGCAGUUCAGGCGACUCGCCGUCGUCCUCGGCGGAUGCGCCGUUGCGCUGGCUUGCGCGGUGGGGGGCGGCAUGGCCGGGCUCGACGCUGCCGCGGCAGCGGCUUUCUUGGCCUCCUCCUUCCUUUUCCUCUCUCUCUGCAUUAUCCAAAACGCACACAGAUAUCAAAAGUGAGAAAAUCUUCGGGUGGGGCGCUUCAGUGUCUCAUUGGUCUCAGUCAUACGUACCUCUGCCAACAUAGCCCGCAGCUUCGGAAGCUCGGCCUCCUUCUCUUCCCGACACUUCUGCGCAGUGGCCGCCUGAACAACAGACGAUAACCGAAAACAAAGACAGAGACACCAAGUGAUAUGCCUGGUGGUGAGGAGAAGCUUUGCCAGACUCACCGCCUCCGGAGGCUCGUACCACUCACGGAAGGUCCUGCACCCAUAUGGGUACGGGCCAUCCCGCUGCUGAAGACAGCAAGGAAGACGUACAUCCGUUGGCUCAUUCCCCAGGAGCACAACACUCGUCUGUCUCUCUCUCUUACCCUGCCGUCGCUUGCAGCCCCCCCACCAGAGAGACCCGUAAGGGCCUCGUGGGCCUCGGAGAUGGCCUGAAAGGCCGCCUCGUCUCCACCCUUGUCCGGGUGGUUGGCCUGCACAGACAUCCACACAAAGACAAAGAGAGAGAGAGAGAGAAGCAUGCUGUUUCUGCGGUGCUGGUGGGCCCUUCUGGAUGUGUCAGUGCAAAAGGCUUCUGCACUCUGCUGACUGGCGCUCCUGCACCGGGUCCCAUGCUGCCUUGCUGGUGCCUCCCUGGUGCCUCCCUGCUUUCCUCUCCUCCUCCAGAGUGACCAUUCGCUUACCAGCGCAAGUCGGCGGUACGCGGCCUUGAUCUGCCCCUAGGUGGCACUCGGCGGCACACCCAGCCUCGCAUAAUGACCUCGACGGUCUCGCUGAGCCAUCUUUCACACGAACUUGAAGACGCCUGCAAGCCGGUGUCGCACAAGAUCUGCAUAGGACACGCACAUCAUGUACUGAUGCAUUCACGUACGCAGCCAUGGUACCUUGACGCGGUGGGGGCCUGAAGUGACUCGGUACACCUUCAU